AUUAGAGGCAGAGUUGGGCCGGUUCUGAGUCCAAGUCGAGCAGCGUAGCAGCUACGUCAUCAGAGUGCGCGGCUGUGGUUUCGGAGAGGAGGCUGCAGAUGCCUUUUCGAAACAACAGUGAACUGUUGUCUACUUGCGACCUGCUUUUCUUCCCAUACUGCUGAAGAGCAGCUGUUGGGAUGCCAAAGAAGUUCCAGGGCGAGAACUCCAAGGCGGCCACAGCCAGAGCUCGCAAAGCCGAGGCCAAGGCCGUGGCAGACGCCCGCAAGAAGCAGCAAGAAGAGGAUGCUCUGUGGCAAGAAACUGAUAAACAUGUACUCAAAAAAGAGCAGAGAAAGGACGACAAGGAAAAGAAGAGGCUCGAGCUCCUGGAGAGGAAGAAGGAAAACCAGCGACUUCUGGAUGAGGAGAAUGCUAAGAUAAAAGGCAAAUCUCAGAGGGAGACUGGAUCUGGAGGAAAAGUGACUCGUGCCCAGAUUGAGGAGGUGCUCCAGAACGAACAGCUGCAGCUGGAGCAGAAGGAGCUCAAGCCGAAAGAAAAGAGUCACCUGGACGUUCCAUUGGAGGAGAAUGUGAACAGAAUUAUCCCAGAGGAAGGCACAGUGGAAGCCAGAACAAUAGAAGAUGCCAUUGCUGUGCUCAGCACGGGACCUGAGGAUGUGGACCACCACCCAGAACGAAGGAUGAAAGCAGCAUUUGCAGCCUACGAGGAGGCAAACAUGCCUCGUCUAAAAAUGGAGAACCCCAACAUGAGGUUGUCGCAGUUGAAGCAACAGCUGAAGAAAGAGUGGAUGAAGGCACCAGAAAACCCCUUGAACCAACGCUUUGCCACCUACAACACAAAGUGAAUGCACUCUUUUCCCCCCAUAAUGCCAUUUGAAAACUGUCUGCCUAUGCACAUUGGAGAUUUACAUUGAAAAAUUGAAUGAUUUAAUCUAAAAAUGAGUGUUGCUGAUGAGCUUCACUACUACCCACCUGGAAACAAUCUUUCCAGUGCCAGAGGACUCGGCUUUGUUGAUCCAUUCACUAGCAAGGAGAAACUCAUUUUCCCCUGUCAAGGUCACAGCUGAUCAUCAUGUCUGUGCACGUGGCCUCUGAUGAUUUCAGCAUUGAAUCAGUUUUAAUUACAUAAUGUUUUUUUCUAGCACUUGUGGGUAGGUGAGGAGCCAGAUGUUUUGAGAGUAACUUAUUAAAGUUCACCACUCGAUCAUCAA